CAAAGGGCAAUUCUAGAAUUGACUCCUGAUUUAGUUCUGUUCUGUUUAGUUCCAUUCCACAGGCCGGCAAGGGACCUGUGUUCCGCUUCCAGUGGUCUACACCAAGAACUGAAGGGCUGAAGAGAAAGAGACGAUUUAUUGUCCAGCACAGUGGAUUAUACUGGACACAGUGGCUCCUGAGACCAACAACAGCCCCGUCAUCUCAGCCUCUUCUUCCCUUCUUCCUCCUGCUGUGUGUGUCAGUCUGUCUUGAUCGUGAAGUCUUUUCCCCUCCUCUUUUCUAUCUACCAUCUUCUUCAGUCUGGGUCUACCUUCUACUGUCUCUGUCGUACCCUACCUGCAGUAUCACUGAGCUAUCUGGUGACGGAGUAAAGACAGUAUGUGUUGCACAGGGAAGUGUUCUCGUCUGGUGGGCCUGAUCCUGUUGCCCUCGGCGUUCGCCUGCAUCAUCUCCAACAUCCUCCUGUUCUUCCCCGACGGAAAGCAGCAGGACAGCAGUCAUGUCUCCCUGCAGGUCUGGCUCAUGGGCGGCCUCAUCGGAGGGGGAAUAUUCAUGCUGUGCCCCAGCUGUUCGGCUAUCAGGGCCGGGGGUAAGGGUUGCUGCGGAAAUGGUUGCUGCGGAAACCGUUGCAGAAUGCUGAACUCUGUCUUCUCGGCUGCUUUUGGUUUGGUCGGAGCGAUCUACUGCACCAGUGUCUCUUCAGCGGGACUGGCCAUUGGACCUAAAUGUCAGGUUGCUAGUGGAAAAUGGGAAUAUCCCUUUGAGGACCUACCAGGUGGGAACAGCAGUUACCUGUUUGACCACUCCCUGUGGGACCUGUGUGUGAUCCCUGCCAAUGCGGCCCUGUGGCACCUGGUCCUCUUCUCCAUCACGCUGGGCCUGGGGGGCCUGCAACUCAUCCUCUGUGGCAUCCAGGUGGUCAACGGCUGCAUUGGCUGCUUCUGUGGGGACUGCCGUGAUGACAAGGAGGAUGAUGGUGGAUUGUGAGAUGGAGAGAGAGAAGAAGUAGAGAGGACUGCCUUGCAAUGCCACAGCCUAUGUUCAUGACAACUAGUGCUGAGCGAUUAGUGCUUUUUCAGGUCGGUUCAGUUUCGGUUCGAUUAUAAAAAAUGAUCACGUUUUUUGAUUUUGCGUUCGAUUAUAUAAUACACUAUACGUUAUGUGUGUUGAAUGCUGUAACAACACAGAAUCAAACAAUGAAUAGAAGUCCCAUGAUGGUAGUGACUGUCCAUUACUGCUUAUCACUUAUUAACUAUAAUUUAUUCACUUUAAUAAAAUAUUUCAGUUGUUGUGUAUAUUACAUUUGUUUUAUUGAUGACUUUAUUAUUUCAUUCCAAGUCAUCGUCUCUGUAGAGCUGCUGCCUGUGCUGUCUGACAAAAUCACUAUUUGAGUAGUUCUUCAAAGUAAAGAAGGCAUACUUUUAUGACUGCUGAAUACCAACAAUCAUACUUAGAUCAUGUAUUUUCAGGCUCGCGAAGCAACUGCUUUCUAUCCCUCUCGAUAGCACGCACGUUCUCUUCUCUGUCUCCCAGUCUUCGUGUCUUGCUCCGCACAGACCGGACAAGUUUAAGCAGGCACGCAAUGGAUUAUGGUCAUUGUAAUUAAUUAAGACGUUUUCUGCGCUAAACUAUGUAGAAUAUUAGCCUGUUGAAAACUACAACUCCCUACUACAUCGCACAGUUCAGGCUUGAUCUGAUUUAUCUCUAUAGAAACUGCACAUUGAGCUCACAGAAAAAACCCGAACUAAAUGGAAUUCAAAUCAUUUAACCGACGUCGUACUACUGAUGACAUACCAGCACCAGGACUGCCAAUCACUUACUACACAACUUACUACACAACUACACAACCUUUUGAUUUUUUACUUCCUAUCUGCCAGAAGCUUUCCCUUUUGUGUUUGAAGCAUAUUGUCUACUUUUGAUAUGUUCAAAUCAAUCCAAUGUGCCAUAUCAAUCAUAGUCAUUGUAGUUCUUUCAUCUCAAAACUCAAAACUGCCAUGUCAUAGUUGUAACUCUUGCUUCUGUUUCAUGUGUUGCCCAUGGAAACAUCAUACAGUAGUCAGUUUCUCAAGUUAUUUUCCAUUCUUUAUUUAAUUUCUUUUAUUAAGCAACAAUUUCUUUCACAUGAUAUUUUGUAUAUUUUUUGUAUAAUCACAUAAGUCAAAACAAUACAAAUAAGCAAUAAAACUUUUGGGAAAUUA